UAUAACUAUUACUUCCGGUUGAACAACACGAGAGAUUUUUGCAACGAAAGAUGACGCUUUUUCACUUCGGAAAUUGUGUUGCCUUAGCGUACGUGCCGUAUGCUAUCGUUUACAAAUGUUCUGGACUGGCUGAAUAUAGUGCAUUUUGGAAAUGUGUACAGGCAGGAGCAGCAUACCUUUUUACACAGCUCUGUAAAAUGCUGGUAUUGGCGACAUUUUUCCCAUCAACGGAAUUUUCAACAGGAGGAGUUGAUGUUCUAGGAGAAUUUUUAAAGUGCACUGUGGACUUGGCAGAUUUGGUGGGAAUUCACUUGGUGAUGUCAAAAAUAGCAGGAAAGGGCCAGCUGAAAUUUAUGGUGGCAGGGCUAGGAUGGGCCACUGCGGAGCUACUGAUGACGAGGUUGAUUCCACUUUGGGUUGGAGCCAGAGGUGUUGAAUUUGAUUGGAAAUACAUCCAAAUGUGCUUUGAAUCCAACAUCAAUUUGGUGCAUCACAUUACAACAGCCAUGCUUGUAUGGUUACGUAGCAGACAUGAUCUUCAGAAGUCUUUCAUACCAGUUGUUAUGACCUUGCUGGCUUUAAGCUGUUACAGACCACUGAUUGUUGAAAUUUUGAUACAUGCGGUUGGUCUGGGAUCAUGGACCCUCCUAUUGGCUAAGGCUCUGUUUACAACAACAGUGAGUGUGGUUGGUCUGCAGAUCUUCCUGGGACUCUCCGUACAGACAGCAAACUCCCAUUACUGAACAAAUCGCAGUGACCAUUGCAAAUCUCAGCUCCAAUGUCAGUUGUAAACUGUGCACAUUUAUGAUUGGAUUGUUAAAAGUGGUUACAAUGCAAGAGCGUUUUAUUGGAAAGUAAGUGUGUUUUCUGGAGGAUGUUGAUGACGAUGUGCAAUAUGCAUUGGAUGUUUUAAUUUUAUAGUAUGUAAGGAGUACGUGUGUCUGAGUGUUGUUUGUUAUGUGCAUGCUUGUAUUUCCACCUCAUUCAUUGUGUUAUACAAGCAGAGAGUGUUUAAUGGCAGGAAGUCACAGAAAGAAAUUAAUUUCAGAAGUGUGUAUUUGGGACAUGUUGUUAUGAAUCAUUGUACUUGUAGUAAAAAUUCCAAUGUAUUAUUUAAACAGACAUCUCAACCUAAUGUCCAAGUUUUAAUCUCAUGAAUUCUUGUGUAUGCUAUAGAUACAGAAAUAAAUAAAAAAAUCAAACAAC